UUUUCUGUGUGACCUCAAGGCAAUAAAUUUACCGUUGUUUCUCUAUUGUAAAAUUUAUCUAUUGAACAAACGAGAAACAUUUAAAUGCCAAUUUUAAGGGUGCAUGCCUUGAUUUCUUGUUUAAAGCAUCUCCAACUGAAAAUCUCAUUUUUCACUCUAAAAUGUAGUGAAACUCAAAAAUAUUGCAAUUCAUCUCCAAUCGAACUCCAUUUUGUGGGCUUCUGCAAAGGUAUUUCUCCUCUUGGCGCGUUUCUUCGGCAAAUCCGGUUAAGACAAAAAAAUUCGUCAGUGAACAAUGCAACGCUAAUAUUGGCAUCGCACUGUUCACCCGCAAACAAAUAAUGAAAGUUUGGGGUUCGUCUGGAGCGACCGAACGACGUCAUACGCAUUUUUGACGUUCGGUUGGAGAUGCUCUUAGCGAUUAGCGACCCAGCUUUAUUUUGGUGGCUACAGAUAAAAGUUACUAAACGAGAUUAGCAAUCAAAAGUAAUAAAUAGUUUCCGAAUAAAUACUCAUUAGCAUAAAAAAAAUGAUCGCUAAUAUGAACAAUUUUAGCGACCAAUUUUAACCACUGGUCACUAAUUUAACAGCCAGAAAAAUAUGUGGUUGCUAUUUGCUUUAGCAUCCAAUUUGUUUUUUUUAGCUACCAUUUUUCUUGGUCGCUAAUGACCUAUUUAUUUAUAGAGUAAAAUGGCUAAUCUCGACCUUACAUUUCUAACUAACUUGCUUUCUAAUUAUCGUUCGUAUAUACAUAGUUACAUAUCCGGAUUAGCAGGGCCAUAAAUAGAUUUGGCAAUCCCUAUUUAAAGAAAGAGGCAAUCAAAAUUGUGUGGACCAGCUAGAGUUCAUCCGGUUGAACCUAAAUGUUUUGUUAGCAAAAUGAAGGUUCGAGUCACUCCACCGCGAUGAGGGCCAAGCGAACUGCUCAUCCAAUGGCUGGAGUGACCAAAGACGGCGACACCGGAGGCCAUCAGCCACCACCGUGCAGCGGGCACCGGCGGCUUUGUGAACAGGGCAUCUCCUGUACGCUGAAUACGGAGGUGGGGAUGAUGCUCGCCGUGAUUCGCCAGCCUCCAGACCCCACCAUCAGCCCCACCCUUCAUGGAGCUCCUGAAACCGACUCAUAUAACUCCCAUCAUGUCCAGUCCCUUCUUUCUCUGCGCUCCAUCAUCUUCCACCCCCUUCGUGGAAGCUGGCACUCCCUCGACCCGAUGGUCUACCUCUCCCCCUUCCUCGACAUUAUACAGAGCGAAGAUGUCACGGCGGCCUCCACUAGCGCCGCCCUUUACGCAGUGCUAAAGAUCAUGCGCCUCGACAUCUUUAGCGAGAUCACCCCCGGUGCUCGCGAGGCAAUCCACGCGGUGGUCCUUGCCAUUACCAAUUGCCGUCUAGAGCUCACUGAUCCUGCAUCAGAGGACUCCAUCCUCAUGCAUAUCCAUCAGGUGCUCACCGCCGUGAUGCACUCCAAUGCCUCGGUCCUACUGACAGAUCACGCAAUCUGCACCAUCGUCAGCUCCUGCUUUCAGAUUGUUCAGCAGUCCGCCGAUCGCAGUGAUCUCCUACAACGCAGCGCUCGUCAUGCAAUGCACGACCUUAUAGAGGGUAUAUAUUCCCGUCUCAGCAAUAUGCGAUACUCCGACGGUGGCCCCGUAGACUCCGGCUCUGAAGCGGAGAAAAAUGCCCUGUUCCUUCACGUGAGCUACACGGCGCAGUGUAUGAUUGAUAUCUUCUCUUUCCUCUGCUCUCUCGUGAAUGUUGAAGAGCCCGUCGACCCCGAAACUGCUGACGCCAGCUCUGACGAGGAGUUCCAGCUCUUCGUCCUCUUACUCAUUAACACCGUGGUAGAGCUCGGCGGCGACAGCAUCAACCAUCACCCCGGCCUUCUCCACAUAAUUCAGGAUGAUCUUUUCCACCAUCUCAUCCAUUAUAGUACCCGAUCUGGACAACGAAUCCUCUCCAUCACCUGCAACAUUGUUUUCAGUCUCUAUCAUUUUCUUCGCGGGUCUUUGAGGUUGCAAUUAGAGGCAUUCUUCAUCUACGUGCUGUUAAAGAUCGCCAAGGGGAGUUAUGGAUCUCAGCUCCAAGAAGUGGCGGUCGAGGGUAUCACAAGUUUUUGCAGACAACCCAAUUUCAUAAUGGAAAUAUAUGUGAACUAUGAUUGCGACCCUAUCCGGCACAAUGUGUUGGAGGAAAUUGUAAAGCUUCUCUGCAAGACGGCGUACCCCAUGAGUAGUCCAAUAUCGUCGAUGCAGCUCCAGGCCUUCGAAGCCUUAAUCAGCAUAAUUCACAACAUCGCCGAUGGUAUUAAAAUUCACCAUGCCCUUAGUCGAGAUGCAUACGCGAUCGAUGACUCCACGUUUAAGCCCUUCUGGCUCGAGCGCUGUGACAUGCACAAGGAUCCCGAUUCCUGGGUCGAAUUUGUAAGGAUGAGAAAGCUAAAGAAGAAGAAGAUCAUGAUGGCCGCCAAUCAUUACAACAGGAAUGAGAAGAAGGGAAUGGCUUUUCUCAACAUUUGUCGGCUGGUGCCAAGCCCGCCAGACGCUAAAAGCAUUGCCUACUUCUUUCGCUACACGCCGAGGCUCGACAAGAAUAAGAUUGGUGAUUACUUGGGCGAGUCCAACGACUUCAAUAUUAAGGUCCUUAAUGAGUUUGCACAAACAUUUGAAUUCGAUGGGGUGAUCCUUGACACUGCCCUCCGAACCUUUCUCGAGACUUUUCGACUCCCCGGUGAAUCUCAAAAGAUCCACCGCAUUCUUGAGGCAUUCUCAGAGAGGUUCUAUGACCAGCAGACAUCUGGGAUUUUUGCGAGCAAAGAUGCCGUCUUCAUUCUCUGUUACUCCCUCAUUAUGCUCAACACAGACCAGCAUAAUCCGCAGGUGAAGAAAAAGAUGACAGAGGAUGAAUUUAUAAGGAACAACAGAGCUAUUAAUGGAGGAGUGGAUCUUCCCCGAGAGUAUCUAUCGGAGUUGUUCCUCUCCAUUUCCACAAAUGCAAUCACCCUCUUCGAUUCAUCAAGUGCCGUCAUUUCUGAGAUGAACUCCCACCUUUGGGCGAACCUCAUGAAACAAACGCGUACAGUGGAGCCCUACAUAUUGUGCGACUAUAAGCACAAGCUUUGUCGGGAAGUUUUCAACACCAUCUCUGGCUUAUCGGUUGCCACCAUCUGUGUCAUCUUCGAGCAAACUGACGACGAGAAUGUGCUGCAAGAGUGCAUCGAAGGGCUAUUCUCCAUCGCCCGGAUUGCUAGAUACAGUUUGGAGGACAUCCUUGAUGAACUAUUGUUUUCUUUGUGCAAGUACACCACGCUACUCAAUCCAUAUGCCACCGCAGAGGAGAUCGUCUUCAGCUUCUCAAAUGAGGUGAAGCCGAGGAUGGCGACGCUGGCCAUUUUCACAAUCGCUAACAAGUUCGGCGAGUCAAUCAGGGGGGCUUGGAGAAACUUGGUAGACUGUCUUCUAAAGCUUAACAGGUUAAAGCUAUUGCCGCCUACACUUCUCGAGACCUGUCGUAGUGCAACAGAGGCUGACAUAGACAACGAUGGAGGCCGUCAUUCAAAGUCAGAGUCUGGAUCUGGCGUGAUCUACCCACCAUCCUACCUGGGCAGCGACAGACGAAACAUUUCUGGGCUGGUCGGUAGGUUCACAGAGCUCCUCUCGCUCGAAUCCGGUGCCGACUCGAUGUUGAAUGCUGCGAGCGACAUGGAAAACAACCUCAAGAUAAUACAACAAUGCAGAAUCGAUAGCAUAUUUAAGGAUAGCGCGGGGUUGCCUCAAGAGUCAUUGCAGCACCUUAUACGAGCCCUCGUCUUUGCUGCGGCUGGUAAGGGGCAAAAGUUCAGCACGUCGGUGGAGGAAGAGGAAACAGUUGGAUUCUGUUGGGACCUCAUCUUCAUCAUCAUAACAGCCAACCUUCAUCGCUUGAGUGCAUUUUGGAUGCAGUUUAAUGAAUGCCUGGCAUUGGUGUCACAAGUUCCUCAAUUCUCACCAUGCCCAUUUGUUGAGAAGGCAAUGGUUGCCUUGUUACGGGUGGUGAUUUUGAUACUUUCUUCGGAGCCACCAAGGUUGCAGGACCGGCAGUCGGAGGAGAUGGUUUUCAAGUCAAUCAAUUUGACAUGGAAGCUGGACAAGGAUAUCUUAGAUGCGUGUAAUGACAGUGUGACUGAGGCGACGAUGAAGAUCUUGAGCAAAUAUGCAAGAAAUGUGCAGACGACACUUGGGUGGAAGACGCUAUUCCACCUGCUGUCAGUUACGGGGCGGCACCCGGAGAACUUUGAUCGGGGGGUAGAGACCCUAAUAGGCCUGAUGACAGAGGCCGACCACAUCACUAGGAGUAACUACGCCUAUUGCAUUGAGGCUGCCUUUGGGUUUGCUGCACUGAAGAUCAGUCCGGUGGAGAAGAGCUCCCAAAUUCUGAAUCUAAUGGCUGGUUCCGUCAAGUGGAUCAUACAGUGGCAAAAGUCAAGUUUUUAUGAGACAGGGAACUCCAACAUGCACAACAGCAGCUCGUCCACGGAGGAAGGAAUUAAUAAGGCAUCCAGUGUUCAGGGAAAUAGUUUCGCGGCGACGAACCUAUUCAUGAAGCUGGCGGAGGCAUUGCGGAAGACGAGCUUAGUGAGGAGAGAGGAGAUAAGGAACCAAGCGGUGGAGGCGCUGGGAUGGUGCUUCUUGGAGGUGGCGGACGAACUGGAGUGGACGGCGGGGAGCUAUGCGUCGAGCUUCAACCUGGUGAUUUUUGCGAUGGUGGACGAUCUUCAUGAAAAGAUGGUGGAGUAUUCAAGACGGGAGGGAAUGGAACGGGAGAUGCGGAGCAUGGAGGGGACGUUGAAGAUGGCAUUGGAGCAGAUGGUGGAAGUUUACCUAUGUUUUAUGGUUCGGCUGGCAGCUGGACCAGGCUUUAGAACCUUUUGGCUUGGACUGCUGCGAAGGAUGGACACUUGUAUGAAGGCCAGCCUUGGAGAGGAGGGUCUGCCGUCGCCGGUGAUGCAGGAGCUCGUGCCGAAGCUACUCAAGAGGAUGAUAUUAGAGAUGAAAGAGAAGCAGGUGCUUGUGCAGAGUGAUGAGAGUGAUCUCUGGGAAGUCACAAAUAUACAGAUCCAAUGGAACAUAGAAUUGGAAGUCAGCUGGUUUCACUAUUAGUAAUUCUAGUGCCCUUGAAAGAGUAAGACAAAUGAGUUGGGGAUUGAUUCAGGCACGGUGGCUGCCAUGAUAGUAGUAGCAUAUGAUCUAUGAUA